AUGUAUCCCAAUUAUUCAGUUGGUGUAAACUAUGGAUUACCUGUACCCUAUCAAAGCGUUAUUUCACCAGCACUUUCAAAUGGUACACAAAUCCGUCUCACUGGUACAGCCACUGGGAGCAGAUUUGAAGUCAACUUAAAAAGUUAUCAGGAAGAUACCAUCCUCCAUGUUAAUCCACGUUUAGAUGAUAAUGCACUGGUUCUCAAUAGUGCUCAAAGGGGGUUUUGGGGCCAAGAAGAACGUCAUGGAUUGCCAAUCUAUCGCGGAAUGCGCUUCUCCAUAGUUAUUUUAGCAACGGACCAUGACUUCAAAAUUGCUAUAAACAAUACUCAUGUUUGUGAAUUUUAUCAACGAUUACCAAUAUAUUUGGCUCAAUUAGUUGAAGUCAAAGGCGAUUUGAAUUUAGAAUCUGUUCAUAUUUAUCCAGGAUCUGGUUAUAUUGGAAGUGGUACUGGCUUGUGUUCUCAACCUCAACCAUCUUAUAGUGGAGACUUUGUAGCUAGUUGUGGACUUCCAUCAGCUCCACCUAAUAUCCUUCCUCCCCCAUUUACGGGUAGUGGUGUGCCAUCAAUACAAUCUUGUAGAAUACAUACAGGCUCUCGAAUAUUUAUCCGAGGUUUUAUACCUCCUGAAGCUCAUCGCUUUGAACUUAAUCUAUUACACGGUUAUUCAGACGGUGAUGAUAUAGCUUUUCACUUUAAUCCACGUUUUGAUUCACGUACAGUUGUUAAAAAUUAUCGACGAAAUGGCCAAUGGGGUCAAGAAGAAAAUCAAUCAUUUCCAUCAUACAUGCCGUUGAUGCCCGGUUCAUCGGUCGAUUUACAAAUAGCAUGUAAUAUGGAUGCAUAUACGGUAUAUAUGAAUAAUUAUCUAAUCGGUGAAUUCUAUCAUAAAAUUCCACCUGGUCAUGUCAUGGCACUUCAAUAUAAAGGUGAUAUCAUAGUUGGUAGUAUUGGACAAUUAUGA